AUGGAAAACCCUACGGAAACACUCCCUGACCCCCAAAUCAACAGCCCAGAUCCCCCGAACAACCCAGAAGCCUCCGAACCCGAUCAUGUUCUUCUCGCCGAGCUCGACUCCCUCUGCCAGUUGCACCAGAGCCUGCUAUCGAAGGCGGCGGCGAUGGAGGAAGAGUCUAAUAUCAUCCGGAAGCAGAGAGACGACGCCCUGGCUCGCAACGUUGAGCUAAUUAAAGUCGUCGGAGAAAUUUCCGGCAAGAGGGACUCUUCGCGGCGAAAUUCAAAAGCUCGAAGAUUUUCUGAGAGAAAAGGAAGACGGGAGGGCAUAAUCGGAAUAAUCGACGGCGUCGGCGACGAAAAGGCUGAGAAUGGAGCUGAAGAAGCUGAGGGGGUUUGGGAGGAGAGUGCGGCAGUUGCGCGGCUGGCAGCUUCGGCGGAAGCGAAGGUGAGUGAGUAUAAAGAGCUGAGGAAGAAGGAGAAGGAGUUGGAGAAAAGCGUGGUGAGUCUGACAGAGAAGAAUAGGGAUAUCAGCAGCUUGCUGAGGGUUGCUCUGGUGGAGAAGGAGGCGGUGGAGAAGAAGUUGAAAGGAAACAGCGAGCAGAAGCGGGUGGCGCUUUUGCAUAUUGCGGAGAGGGGUUUGCAGAAAGUUGGGUUUGGGUUUAUAAUGGAGAGAGGGCGUUAG